AUUUCGGGGACAGAUCGUUUGGACACAGGAAAGUGCGCUCUAUCCACCCUACACCUUGCACCUCCCCGAGGUUCGCUAUUCACCAACAUCGGACCAUUGUGAAGGUUCUGGUGGGGUUGGUGUUGGGGAAUUGCCUUGCCCCUAACUAAUAAGAGUCCUGGUCUGGCCCCUUUCUUGUCCCACUUUCGCUCUUCCAGGUUGGAGAGAUCCCAGGCCAUUCACCGUCCUCUUCAGGAUCCAGUCUUCCUCUAUAUCGUCGCCCUUUCAUUCUAGCUAGUACUUAUUCACUCUUUGUUGCCCGACAUGGCUACCGAAUCAAGCACCCCGUCCGCGCCUGCGGCUGCUGCCCCUGCAGCGACGACGAAGCCCGUCAAGCCCGAUGAGGAAGCCUACAAGAAGGAGCACGCCAGGCUCGAAAAGGAGAACGAUAUUGCCCGGGAAAAACUUAAUGCCAUCAAGGCCAAGAUCGACCUGGUCUCAACUGGCAAGAACAAGGAGAACCCAGCACAGCAGCGCCGCCAGGAGCUGAUCGCCCAAGCCAAUGAGAUCCGCAAGAAGCAGGGCGUCGGAAAGAACGCCCGUAACGCCAAGCUGGAUGAAAUCAAGCGGCUGGACGAACAGCUCCGCAGCCGGAUCGCCGAGCAGAAGGCCGCCCGCGCCAAGGUUCCCUUCAAGAGCGUCGAGGAGAUUGAGCAAAAGAUUGCCGGGCUGGAGCGCGACGUUAACAGCGGUACCAUGAAGAUCGUCGACGAGAAGAAGGCUUUGGACGAGAUUUCAAGACUUCGCAAGCUGGGCAAGACCUUCAGCCAGUUCGACAAUUCGCAGAAGGCCAUUGACGACCUCAAGGCCAAGAUCAAGGAAAUCAAAGACUCAAUGGAAGACCCUGAGGCCAAGGCGCUCAACGAGCAGUACAACCAGAUUCAGGCUGAGCUGGACGCCAUCAAGGCAGAGCAGAGCGAGGCCUAUAACAACCGGUCGGCCCUCUUCGCGGAGCGUGACAAGCUCCGCGCCGCCCAGGAAGAGACGUGGCAGGCCCUGAAGAAGCACAAGGAUGAGUACUACACCCAACGAAAGGCUUACCAGGCCUGGGAGCGGGAGCAGCGUGAGAAGCGGCGCGAGCGUGAGCAGGCCGAGCGGGAGCGCAUCGCCAAGGAGCGCAAGAUGGAGCGCGCCAAGGCCAUGCUCGCCGAGGCCAGCGAGCCCGCCUUCCUCGAGGAGAUCCGCCGGGCCAACAGUUUGCUGCGCUUCUUCGACCCGACCCACCAGGUCGUGGAGAAGACGCCGCUCCUGGCUGACAAGGGCCUGGCCGCCACGGCCCAGCGCAAGGUCGACGACUCGGGCCUGCAGGGCAUGCGCGUCCUGCGCAAGGAGGACCGUGACGAUGAGUACAUGCCCGCUGUCAAGAAGGGCAAGAAGGGCAAAGGCGCCAAGAAGACCGAGGCUCCCGCCACCGCCUCGUCCAAGUUCAGCUGCCCACCCUCCGUCAUGGAGGACUGCGCCUUCAUCGGUGUUAACCCCCCGAUGAGCGCCGCUGAGGUGCCUGACGCCAUGGAGAAGAUCAAGGCCAAGCUUGAGCAGUGGAAGGCCGACCAGCCUGAGCAGACUCGCAAGAACAUUGAAAAGGCCAAGAAGGAGAUUGAGCGCCUUGAGGCCGAGGAAGCCGGUACGGCGUCGCCCGGCACAAGCACUCCGGCCAAUGGCGCGGACGGAAAGGAGGCGACCGACAAGGCAGCGGUUGAGCAGAAGGAGGACGCGACAGCGGCAGCUCCCGAAGCCGAGAAGGUGGGGGCUGAUGCAUAGGAGAACGGAACCCCCACUAAUGGGCCCGGAGUUGUCGUUGCUGUCGCAUAAGAAGGCGGUUGGCACACAGGGUGGUCGUUGAUUUGCUCUAGUUUCCUCGCACCGCGAGGGAUGGAUGGACGCCAGCGGUUUAAACAAAUGGCCGUGGGUUUGCGGUGGCUGGGGGGAAGGUGGUUGCGAGGGUUUUGCUUAGCUCUUCUGAUUUGUAGUUUUAGUCAAAAAUUGAUCGUUACCAUCCAUUCCCGCC